AUGCUACUUCGGCGAUUUGACAAGCAAAUCUACCAUGUCAAAGCCGUACACGAUGUCGCUGCGUUGAACUUGGACCUCAACCGCACGGAAAACGAACAAUUCCCACCCGAGAAACUGCGGAUGACCUUGGAACGAUUCUAUACGUCUGUUAUUGUUGGUGUGACCGAAUUUAUCCGGCAUAUCACUCGACUGCGAUCAUGGAAAGAACCUGUGCGGACGUCGCUUUUCUGUGGGGGAUAUUUCAUCGCAUGGGCUGUCGACCUCCUCAUUCCGACCAUACUGGGUCUUAUAGUCGCUUUGAUAAUGGUCCCGCCCGUCCGCAUACUACUAUUCCCGGGCAUUGCCACGAAGGAGGGAGCCGAUAAAUCGAACGGGAGAGGCUCUCCAACAGGCCAGCCUCAAUCCCAAGAUAGCCUGACAGGAGUUCCAGAGAACCACAAGGGUGAAGCUGCCGAACAAGAGGCAAGAAAUCUUGUUGACAGCUUUGCUACUGUUGCAAUGGAGAGUGCGGCGGCUAAAUACGGCCAAACAGUUACGGAGGAAGCGCCCGAUAGACCCUUGAUAACUGAUGGAAUAGAGGCCGCGGAAGCUGCCGCAGAAUCUCCGAAUGGUGACGCUCCUGAAGACAAAACUAAGAAACCCAUGAAAAAGAAGGUUUCGCACGCGACUGAUCAGGCAAUGCGAGUGUUGAGCGAUAUCACCGAUGUCUAUGAGAAGUUCGCCAACCUCCUUUCUCCAACACCUCCUUUCUUUUUAGUUUCGUCUAGAUUGCGCCUCGCAAGUAUUUUUGUUUUAAUAUCUGCGGUUGUACCCUUCACAUCUAGUUAUUGGAUCAUCAAGCUCGUUGGUUUUACUGUUGGGUUGGGCUUUUUUGGUGACCCGGUAUUUACGUAUACCGUGGAUCUACUGAAUAGAAAGGUUCCAAAUUGGAAAGACCAAUUGGAUUUGCAAAAGACACUUUUGGCCGGCGUCCCAACAAAUGCACAACUCACCCUGACACUUCUUCGCAUUGGCGAGAUUAACUCCACCCCACUGCCACCCCCUCCAACUCCCGAAGACAAUGAUCGUGUUUGGCCUAUCCGAAGGAAGAAGUCGCAACCAAUCUCGUCAGAGCUCACCGCACAGGGUUCGUCUACUAGCUUGCAAUCAACUAACUCUGAUAUGUCACUCCCGGAAACCAAACCAAAGAAAAGAAUGGUCUUCAGAAUUCUCAAGUUUUUCCGCCGCACCAUUGCAACAGCAAUCAAGGGCCAUAUCGCAUUUGACCGCGCAAUGGCAAUUGCAGGGUCCGCACAUACCAGAAACCUGAUCGACAUGCUGCAAAAGCGACAUUUUGCCGCCACACCCUACGGGCCGUUGAAAUUCGAUGCCAAGUAUGAGCGUAAGAGAGGCGCUGCGGUCAUUGACUCGUCAAAGGAACCGCCUAUCCUGUAUUUCACAACAUACCAGUCCUCCGGAUUGGACGACCUACGCAUCGAGAGUCGAAAGAAGGGAUCUGUCUUGUUCCAAAUUCCUGUCACCGAAAUUAAAGAAUUAAAGAAGACAGAAGGACUUGGGUGGAAGGGCAAGUUGAUUGUCGAAUUGACGGCUGGCAGCAAGGAAGCUGCAGAUGGGCUAGUCAUUGCUGGCGACGAGCUUGGUCAGUCUUACCAUCUUACUGGUAUGAGAUCGCGGAACCAGCUUUUCAACAGACUCGUUGCUAUUGAUGCACAAUUUUGGGAAAGCCGUUAA